GAUUGAAUGACCAACAGAGGGCGAGAACCGUCGCUAGCAAGCUUUCUUUCCAGACAACAAAAUAUUAGCUCAAUUUCCUGUCCUGCGCAGUGGCGUGGCAACAACCAUGGCGGUGGCUGACAAAUCUACAAAAGAGCGGUUAUUAUUGGUACUGGACGAUUUAGAGGUGUUAUCCAGGGAAUUGAUAGAGAUGCUUGCACUGUCAAGGAGCCAAAAACUCCCUCAAGGAGGCGAGGACACUCAGAUCCUGGAGCUGCUGGUACAGAGAGACAAAGAGUUCCAGGAGCUGAUGAGGGUGGCCCAUGAGCAGGGCAAGGUGCACCAGGAGAUGCAGGUCCUGGAGAAGGAGGUGGAGAAGAGAGACUGCGACAUCCAGCAGCUCCAGAAACAGCUGAAGGAGGCUGAACAUAUACUGGCGACUGCUGUAUACCAAGCAAAGGAGAAACUGAAAUCUAUUGAUAAGGCCAAAAAAGGGAGCAUCUCCUCAGAAGAGAUCAUCAAAUAUGCCCACAGGAUCAGUGCCAGCAAUGCAGUCUGUGCCCCUCUCAACUGGGUACCAGGUGAUCCGCGUAGACCUUACCCCACUGACCUGGAGAUGCGCAGUGGAUUGUUGGGUCACAUGAGCAACCUGCCAACCAAUGGUGUGAAUGGACACCUCCCUGGAGAUGCACUGGCAGCUGGGAGAUUGCCAGAUGUGCUCACCCCCCAGUACCCCUGGCAAUCAUCAGAUGUCUCAGUGGGCAUGCUCCCCCCUCACCAUGGCAAUGACUUUGGGCUGGAGCCCCCCGGCCACAACAAGGAGAACGAGGACGACGUGGAGGCCAUGUCUACAGACUCAUCUAGCAGCAGCAGCGACUCGGACUAAGUGUGUGUGUCUGUCUCUGUCUGCCCAUCUGUGUGUGUAUAUCUGACUCUGAUUUGGGAAUUGGACACACCCAGUACCUCGUAGAGCCAGCUAUCCAGCUAUCCAUCACACCCAUAACAUUUACGAUAAGCAUCAGUUGAUACAGGGUUAGCUAUCCGAUAUAGCAAACAACUACAUAGAAUCCAGAGAAUAUUGAGAGAUACUCAUCUCACGGUCUUGUUUUUCUCUGACCCUCUCUAUUACCGGCUUGUUGAUGAGACAUUUGCACAACACUAUCUGUGAUCCCCAAUGUAAUAUCACCAGCUCUCAAGUCCACUGUAUCAGUUCAGGGGUGUAUUCAUUAGUCAGAUUCGGUAAUGGAAAACGGUUUGCAAUGAAAACAAAUGUUUCUAUUGACAUUUUGCAAAAUGUUUUGCAACAGACAAAAUGUUGUGCAAUGGAAUCCGACUAAGGAAUACACCCCAGGGAAAUGUCUGGUACUACGUGACUGAUAACAGACAUAUUCCUUUCGUUGUCUAUCAGGUUCCCCUUUAUUUGUUUCUUUGCUGUUUUUUUAGGCUGGCAAUUGGGGAAUAGUGUUGAAAAGUACAUGUACCUUUGUGUAGGAAAGAAUAUAACAGUAUUUCAUAAAAAUAAAAAUGUUGUUGCUGAUUCGAACCCAAGUGCUCCUUAUCAUCUCUGCUAUUGCUGAAAACAUGUCACCAGGAGUGAAUUUUGGAAUUGUUGGUGCACUUACCCGAGUUAACUUUUUUGUUUUUUUUCAAAAGUAAAAACUGCUUAUUUCAGGCAAGAUUCAUCAAGCACACCUUAUAUUCUUUAUAUUGAAAAACUGCAUAUUAAUUGACUGACUUGUUGCUCCAUGUGUAAAUAAGGCUGUAUAUAUUGUAGUUUUUUUCAGGCUUGUAAAUAAAUACAACUUUUGAGUAAA